CGAAUCUUCCGCUCGCCGGGCUCCGCAAUUUGACACGCCAGAGGGAGGUCUCGCUCGCGAAUCCUCACCACGGGAGCAUUAAAAAGACGCACGAUGAUCCAAGGACGAAGAAUGUAGAGAAAGCAGAGGGCAAGGAGCGCGGAUCUGCCAGUGUCGCGGAUUCAGCCGAGGACAUCGCCGACUCUGAAGUCUAAUCGCCUCGAGCCGCGUCGAGCACCUUCCUCGCGCCUUUCUCGCUCCGAGCGGACACGAUGAAAUCGCGAAAUCCAAGUUCCUCGCGGACCAGCAGAUCGGAGGUCCUGCUGGCGCUGAGUCUGAUCCUGCUGCUCGUCCAGCCGGACACCAGCCACGGCUCGCCGUCCCACCGUAGCAGGCACCAUGAGCACGACCACGAGCACGCGGAAUCGUCGCGCGAGGACGCCAGGAGCGCCAGGUUGACGAGCGAGGAGCUCCCGCGACCUGCCGCCCUCACCAACGAUCCGCUGAUCGUUCGCACCAAGAAGGGCUUCGUCCGCGGCAAGACCUUGACCGCCACCACGGGCAAGGAAGUCGACGCCUGGUACGGCAUACCCUACGCCCAGAAACCCGUCGGCUCCCUGAGGUUUCGGCAUCCACGGCCGACUGAGCACUGGUCGGACGUGCUGAACGCGACCGCCCUGCCGAACAGCUGCGUGCAGAUACUCGACACGGUGUUCGGCGACUUCCCGGGCGCGACCAUGUGGAACCCGAACACCGAGCUGAACGAGGAUUGCCUGUAUGUGAACGUGGUAGUGCCGCGGCCGAGGCCUACGAACGCCGCUGUCAUGGUAUGGAUAUUCGGUGGUGGCUUCUACUCCGGCUCGGCCACCCUCGACGUGUACGAUCACAAGACGAUCGUCUCGGAGGAGAACGUCAUACUGGUCUCCAUGCAGUAUCGCGUGGCUAGCCUGGGCUUCCUGUACUUCGGCACCUCCGACGUGCCCGGGAACGCCGGGCUCUUCGACCAGAUGAUGGCCCUGCAGUGGGUGCGCGACAACAUCGCCUACUUCGGCGGCAAUCCCGACAAUGUGACGCUCUUCGGCGAGAGCGCCGGUGCCGUCUCCGUGUCCAUGCAUCUGUUGUCGCCGCUGUCUAGGCACCUCUUCAACCAGGCAAUAAUGCAGUCCGGAUCGCCGACCGCGCCCUGGGCGAUAAUCUCGCGCGAAGAAUCGAUAGUACGCGGCAUCAGGCUGGCGGAGGCGGUCGGCUGUCCGCACGAUCGCAGCAAUCUGCGGGAGGUAAUCGAUUGCUUGGUGAAGAAGGACGCGUUGGAGCUGGUGAAGAACGAAUGGGGCACCCUGGGCAUCUGCGAAUUCCCCUUCGUGCCGGUGAUCGACGGCUCGUUCCUCGAUGAGACGCCCCAGCGUUCGCUGGCCACGUCCUCCUUCAAGAAGACGAACAUCAUGAUGGGCUCCAACACGGAGGAGGGCUUCUACUUCAUCAUCUAUUAUCUCACGGAGCUAUUCCGCAUCGACGGCGCCGAGGAUGUCAAGGUGUCGCGCGAUCAGUUCAUUAGCGCGAUAUCCGAGCUGAAUCCCUACGUCAAUCAAAUCGGUCGGCACGCCAUCAUCUACGAGUACACGGACUGGCUGCACCCGGACGACCCGAAUCUCAACCGCGACGCCAUCGACAAGAUCGUCGGCGACUAUCAGUUCACCUGCAACGUCAACGAGUUUGCCGGCCGAUACGCCGACACCGGCAACAACGUCUACAUGUACUACUUCAAGCACAGAUCCGCAAACAACCCCUGGCCAAGGUGGACCGGAGUCAUGCACGCCGACGAGAUCAACUACAUCUUCGGGGAACCAUUGGACCCGUCCAGGGGCUACACAGCCGAGGAAGUGCAGCUCUCUAAGAGGAUGAUGAGAUACUGGGCGAACUUCGCGAAAACGGGGGAUCCGAACACGGGUGAGAUCGACUCGUGGAUGCUGGCGCAGUGGCCGCAGCACACCUCCGUGAACAAGGAAUACCUGACCCUGGACGUCAAUAAUACGGAGGUCGGCAGCGGUCCCAGGGUGAGGCAGUGCACCUUCUGGAAGAAAUACCUGCCGCAGCUGCUCACCGCCACGUCGAAACUGGAGGUCGCGUCCAAGGAUACGUGCAGCGGCACCAGCCUCACCGAUUCCCGCGUGACCUGGAUACUCCAGAUCCUGAGCCUGUUAUUGACCGGCCUCACUAUCCUCUUACCCGACGACAUCGUCUAGCUCCCGGCCGGUUCGGUCGGCCGAGCCGUCCUAGCUCCGUCGAGCGGCCCGUUUCCCUGAGGAGGAGAAUGAACGUACGAACGCGAGCGCGAGCGAGCGCGAACGGACAUGAGAGUGAGAGCGAGCGAGCGAGAGAGAGUGAGCGAA